GAUCUUUAUUUCAAUUUUAAAAUUAUAUUAGUGUGGAGUAAAUUAGUUUAUAUUAUUUUAGUAUUUUAGGGAAAUUAAUGGAAAUUUUAGGAAAUAAAUAUCAAAUCUUCUAGACAUUUAAAUGAUUUAGUAAAACAUUUUUAUUAUAGUAAAUUAUUGAAGAGCAAGAUUAUAAGAAGUCAAAUUUUUGUGAUAUGCUAGAUUUUUAGUUGAGAAACGAUUUAGUUAUGACGAAAUGUUAUGGUAACCUAAAUUUUGUUAAUAAAGAAUACAACGACAGGAAAUUCACAACUGUACGCUACGACUGUACGGGCAAAAACAUAGUGACCGGUGCUGUCAAUGGGGUGAUAACCGUUUAUGAAACAAAAACAUUGGAAAAACUGCAUGUUCUAACCACUCCGCCAGUAGACAACGAUGAGUUUAUACCAGUUUCGGCCGUUGCUCCAUUUCCAGUUCGCCGGGCUAGUUAUGGGCAGUGGUGUAUUGCGUCAUACUCAAAUGGCUUUCUGAAACUGUGGAAUAUUGAGGAGGAAAAGUGUCUUGUCACUCUGAAUGAAGCGAGACAGUCACUAGGAGUGAGAAUACACUCUUAUUUUCCAAUUUUCGCCUCCUACGGAGGUGAUUCAAACAUUUUCAUUUACAAUGAAGAAACUAUGUCUGUCAGGCAAACGCAUACUUUAAGCGCAUUUGCACCGAAAAAAGACGGCCAUGUUGGAAGUAUUAAUACUCUGGUUUUUCACCCGCAAAAUGCCAACGAAUUCCUGACAGCCGGCUGGGAUAAUUCGGUCCAUUACUGGGAUUUGAGGAGAGCCAACUCAGCUCGCUCCAUCACUGGACUCAAUAUAACAGGGGAUGGCCUGGAUAUCUCUCCCAACGGUAAAGAGAUUUUAACGUGCAUUUUUCAAGACAAGAAUUCACUUCAAAAAUGGGACUAUGCGACGGGGAAGUUUCUACAGACCUAUGAGGCUGAUUUGUUCAACUCAAAGCUGAACUGCGGUAAAUGGUUCGACCCGAAUUACAUAGCUACCGGAGGAUGUGAUCCGGCCAUUUUCAGAAUAGUCAAUGUUCCCAGGAAAAGGACAGUGGGCUAUUACCGCAGCCAACAAUCGGGCAUAACCAGUUUGGACACUUUUGUCGAUGUGGAGGAACCCAGAGAAGAAACGCAUGAAGAUGAAAUAGGCCAUACAUUCAAGAAAGGCUACACGGGAAGCACUAGACUGGAAGUGCCGGCCGAAGAGGAGGGUAGAACUAUGUACAAAAUGGUCUACUGUAUGAAUCGACAUCUAGUCGAAGCCAACGCUGUGUUGCCACUGAGCUAGGCAGAUUCACUUCAUAAUGUCAGCAUUGAUUGGAUGGAAGCAUUAAGCUGGAUUGCCACAUAUCAGUGACAGUGAAAGCGACCGGUACAGUGAGAAUAUAAAAUUCCAUAUUAAAUUAUAUAUUUUUAUGUUUACUGAGUUCAUCAUAAGCUUGCUUGAACUCUUUCAUUUCUGAUAGCAAGAACUGAAUAGUCUUAUUUAAGUUAUCUAUUUCCUUUCUGAGCUCUCACCAUUGGAAAUAUGUAGUUCACAUUUUCCAUAAAACCAUUUUUCCUCACAUUGAUAGUAUUUGAUACUCUAUUUCAUUAAUAACAGCACAUUCUAAUGGGGGUAUUAAUACUCAGACAACAGUCCAAUCAAAACACAUAGAGAUUAUAUUUCCACUAUGCCGGUCGCUUCCACUGAUACAUACAAGUGGGAAUCUAGCUUUUAACUGGAAUUGCACACAACAGGUACAGUAAACAGUGAAAAUAUAAUUCCCAUAAGUUUUAAUGGGAGUAUUCAUACUCUAUAGUCCGUGCUGAAUGAAAACAGUCCAAUCAAAACACAUAGAGAUUAUAUUUCUACUAUGCCGGUCGCUUCCACUGAUACAUUACAUGUGGGAAUCUAGCUUUUAGAUGGAUGCACACAACAGGGACAGUAAACAGUGAAAAUAUAAUUCCCAUAGAUUCUAAUGGGAGUAUUCAUACUCUAUAGUCCGUGCUGAAUGAAAACAGUCCAAUCAAAACACAUAGAGAUUAUAUUUCCACUGUGCCGGUCGCUUCCACUGAUACAUACAUGUGGGAAUCUAGCUUUUAGAUGGAUUCGCACACUACAUGGACUGUGAAAAUAUAAUUCCCAUAAGUUUCAAUGGGAG